AUGGAAAAUCCUAAUUUCUUUCUUAUUUAUCCUUUAGAUAAUUUAUCAAUUAUUAAGGAAAGUCUAAAAACAUAAUACAUCUUAACAAUUACUUAAAAUAAUCUUUUGAAUAAUCAAUCAUACAACAGGACUGAACUUAAUAAAAUCAUCUCUAUAUUAUAAGAAUUCUUCUCUUCAAAAAAUACAUUAUCAAAUAAAUUUCAAUUCUCCUUGCUAUAAAAAUUUAAUCAAAAUGAUACUGAUUUAUCAAAAUAUGAUACAUAAGUUGAAUACUUAAAAUUAUAUGAUUUAUAUUUUUUUUUUUCAAACAAGAAUGUUAUUGAAAAACAAUUAAGAAUCUUCAGAAGAAAUAAAACAUUAUAUUUUUAUUUAUUUUGA